AUGACCGGGAAAUGCAGGGGCUUGCCACUGUUGCUGGUGGUGCUCGGCGGUCUGCUUUCAAAGAAGCAGAGGUCGCUCGUCACCUGGAAGUCGAUAGCAGAGACUACGGUGUAGCAGGACAACAAGGAAGGCCAACCAUGCGUGGGGAUCCUGGCGCUGAGCUAUGCCAACUUGCCCUAUCAUCUCAAGUGCUGCUUCCCAAUUUCGGCGUCAUCCCUCAGGACUUCAUGAUCAAGGGGCAGAAGCUGAUCAGACUGUGGAUCACGGAGGGUUUCAUUGAGGACAGAGGGGAAGCAACGUUGGAAGAGUCAGCAGAGCAGUACCUGGAGGAGUUCGUCCAGAGGUUGUGGAAGGGACCUUGGCUAGUGCUGAACAUGCCCUGCCCACAAUCUCCUCUACAAACUGUCCUCAGUGGCAAAGGAGGACGGCUUCUUCGACUGCUGCAGGAAACCACGGGAUUCCGUUCCGCAUUCCACAUUCUGGCAUCUGUCCCUUCAGAAGGGCGCGGAGGAGUAUGUCUCCCAGCACCAUUCCACCGCGAGACGGCAGGCCUUGUUGGGCUUGAACUUCGAAAGGUCGUCCAAGGAUUUCCGUUUGAGCGGGCUGAAACUGAUUAGAGUGAUUGACUGGGAAGGGGCGCCAAUGGAGUUAUUCCCGAAGGAAGUUGGAGACCUGCUCCAUCUGCGAUUCCUGAGCUUGAGAAGAACAAAUUUAUCCCUCCCCGCAACAGUUGAGAAGCUAACUCACUUACAGUUUCUCGAGCGAAUGAUCAGCUCUGUGUGGAGGAUCAAAGCCGUCCACACAGAUUGCAGGUGCUUAAGCCCUCCGGCAAGUCAUUAUUCCUAACCUACGGUGCUUGGAGGUGCUAGAGACAGCAAGGGCCGGCGACUGGAUAAAUUGCUGCUUAGCCAUCCUGACGAAUCUCCAGAACUGCGAUUAGGGGCCAUCAGAGGUGCUGUCCAGUUUCUGAAAGCUUGCUGACACUGUCCAGUCUCGGCUAUCUUCACACACUGCUGCUGUCUGGGCCGGUGGGAAGCCUGCAGCAAUUCCAGACUAUGAGCUAUCAGUGGCCUUCCAAUCUCUCCAAUGUCAUCCUCUGGGAUACUGCAUUUCAUUAG